GAGAGGCCCAAUCCGUGCAGGACGUUGUGUUGUGUUUCUGGACCAGCGGGCAGAGAGAGGGACCAGACCGGGCCGGUACCUUGAUCCAUUCCGUCGCUGACACAUUGAUCCCUGCUGCACCAACAGCUCGACUCCAGUGUCACCAUGAGCUCCAGCACCACAUCUGCCGCUCUGCUGUGUCUGCUGGCGGGGGCCAUGGCAGCUGUUCAGACCCCCCACUCAGUGUUCCUGGACAAGCAGCAGGCGAGCUCGCUGAUCUCCCGUCAGAAGAGGAACAUUGACGGCAGUAACCCGGCUCCGUCCAGUCUGGAGCAGGCUUGCAUGGAGAAAGUGUGCAACUACGAGGAGGCCAGAAAGGUCUUCCAGGACUCGUACCGCACGGAUAUCUUCUGGGCGGUCUACAUUGACGGAGACCAGUGUGCAGAGAAGCCCUGCAAGAAUGGAGCCAUGUGUUCGGACAGCGUGGGAGGCUACGACUGUGUCUGCAAGACGGGUUUCACAGGGGUCCACUGUGAAAAUGACCAGACCCUGUGCACCCUGGAGAAGAACAAGGGGUGCACCCAGUUCUGCAAACCGGGCUACAUGUCCUACGAGUGCUCCUGCGCACGCGGCUGGAAGCUCAGCCGCACGCUCAGGGACAAGUGUGAGCCUGCGGUUACUUUCCCUUGUGGUAAGGUGUUCAGUCUGAGGCAGUGGGAGGAGAGACUUUCAGGCAAUGUCCGCAGCAACUUUGAAGGAUUUAGCUGUUCAUCUUCGGAGUGUCCCUGGCAGGCUCUUCUGGUGAGUGCAGAGUCUGCAGGUUUCUGUAGCGGCGUCAUUCUGAAGGAGAACCUGGUCUUGACUUCAGCUCAGUGUGCCAACAAAUACAGCUCCUUCCAGGUGUCGGUCGGCAAGCGCAACACCAAUGAAGAUGGAGGGCAGACACUGUAUGUAAAAUUAGUUCACAUCCACCCCAAAUUUGUGGAAGGUCAACCCAAAAAUGACCUGGCUGUGAUUGAGCUCCGUGACCGCAUCACAUUUAAGAAGGAAGUGACUGCCGCGUGUCUGCCAGAAAAGGACUUUGCCGAUAGCAUCCUGAUGACGGGAGAGUUACCAGCCAUGGUCACCGGCUGGAAAGAAGCCAACGAGAGCUCUGCUUUCCAGGGCCCUCUCACCAUUAACCAACUCGCGUAUGACCGCCUGCCUCAGUGUCUGGAGACUCACCCCAACCUGGUGACCAAUACAAUGGGCUGCACCACUGCUCAGACCAAUGCUGACUGCACCAUGGGCUCCGGCAGCCCCGUGCUCACCCUGUACAGGGAGGUGUUUUUCCUCACUGGGGUGCUCAGCCAGCCGCCAGGGGCCGAAUGCAGCAAAGGCUACAUCUUCCAGAAGGUGUCACGUCACCUCGGCUGGCUGCAGCCUCUCAUGGCCUCACGUUAGGUGGGUUAGUCAGGGUGAACAUUAUACGUUAUGAAAAAUAAGUACAAUGCGGGUGAUUAAAUAUUAAAACAUGAUAAUACAUUUAAUAGUCGUAAAAUAUUGUCUUUUAAAAAUAACCAUCUCCUAAACCAUAUAGUUGUUGCUUCCCUUCUGUCUCUGUGGACUUCCUCAUUUAUCCACAAGGUGGGGCUUUUGUCUCAAACAGGGUCAAAGUGGCAAGAGGUAUAUUUAAUUAUUCAGCAUGCGUUUUGUGAGGCCUAUGUACCUUUUAAUUACCUUUAUGUUAUUUUAAGCAACUAUUGUACUGUUUGACCUGCAUCUUGCAACCCUCCAGUGAAUCACUGUUCUGUGAAUGUAAUAAACCGAAACGGCACCUGA